AUGAACCCUAACGUCAUUAAGCCUAAACCUGAAGAAAAGAUUGUUGCAGACAACUCUGUUCCAAAUACAACAAUGUCAUCAAUUCCAACUCAAAAUUGUCACUUUGCCUCAAUCCAAGGAAGAAGAUCAUACCAGGAGGAUCGCGUAACAUGCAACCUCGAUCUUAAAUUUUCUCUCUUUGGACGCAAUGAUGCACCCGAAAAGAACGUUGGUGUUGUAGCAGUAUUUGAUGGUCAUAUUGGAUCGGCUGCUAGUGAGAUGGCUUCAAAGCUCUUUUUAGAUAAAUUUCUGUCAAAAAAUUACGGCGAACAAUCUGUUAAUCAUAUGGAAUUUCUGAAAUCGUCGGUAGUUAAAACCAUUGAGGAGAUUGAUGCAGAAUUCUCCAAGGCUGCGGUUGAAUAUGAACUUUACUCGGGAUCUACUGCAGUUGUUGCUCUCAUAUACAACAAAAAACACGUUUUAGUUGCGAAUGUAGGGGACUCGAAGGCGUUUAUUUGCUCUGAGAAAACACAAUCACUUGAAGCUAAGGAGUUAACUGAAGAUCAUAAUGCACAUAGAUUGGAUGAAAGAGCUAGGAUUGAAGCUUCUGGAGGGAAAUUUGAGUUUUUUCCUAAUUAUGUUCCUCUUUUAAUGGGCCAUUUUCCCAUGACUAGAGCAAUAGGUGAUGUUCCUUUGAAAAAAUAUGGCAUUAUAGCUACUCCAGAAGUGACUGAUUGGGUAAAAUUAACUUCAAAAGAUGAGUUUUUGGUUGUGGCAUCUGAUGGAAUAUUUGAAAGUUUAAGUCCACAACAAGUUUGUGACUUUUUAUAUGAAGCAGAGGAUCAUGAAGAUCUAUCACUAUUGGCUAAACAAAUUGUUCAGAAAGCAUUUUCAGAAGGCAGCAGAGAUAAUUUAUCAGUUGUUUUGGUACCCUUGGGAUCAGGAUAGAUGAGUUAUCAGGUGGUUUUUCUGGUUUAGGUUUUAGAAAAAUUGAUCUUAUCUAGGAAAAGUUGGUAUGUAUUGAAGACCAACAUAGAAUAGUAGCUAAAAGAAUUUGUCUGUCCUUUUUAAGUACUACUACUAAUUAAAGAACCUCACCAUUUCUUUAUUUGGUGAUGUUAGGAAUGCAAUUACUUUUGGAUUUAUAAAAGAAUCAUUAAUCCUUGCACAGUGACUCA